AAAAAAAAAAGUUUCGCGAUUUCGCCAAGAUCGUCAACCAAACCAUUACACAAUAAAGACAUCUCGGCAAUGGCACCAGAACUUAGGAAAAGGAAGUCCAAAGAGGUCGCCGUAUCGGCUGCGAAGCCUGCAACCAAAAGCAAAGCAGAUGCUCCAGCCACCAAACGGAAAGCUGCCGAUGAUGCGAGCCCAAUUGCAGCAAAGAAAUCCAAACCGACACAAGACGACAGUCGUUCGAAGAAGGUCAAAGCCAGUCGAUUAACAGAGACGAAGGCGGCUAAGAGCUCCCGAGAUACGAAAGUGAGCAAGGAUGAGGAUAAGGCCGACACUGAAGACGAGAAUGCGCAAUCCUCAGAUGAAGAGAAGGACAAUGCUAAGGCACUGGCGAAAAUCGUUGAUAGCGACGAUGAAGAUGCUCUAGUCGACGCCGAUGCUACAUUUCGGGAAGGCCAAGACGUGGGCAAAAUUCCGAAGGAAUCCAAGGAAUUGCUCAAAUCUUCCAAGUCUGGGGAUGGCGAUCACGGCGUCGUAUACAUCGGCCGCCUACCGCACGGUUUCUACGAACAUGAGAUGCGCUCAUAUUUCUCCCAAUUCGGCACGAUCGAGAGACUCAGAAUGUCUCGAAACAAGAAGACAGGAGCCAGUAAACACUUUGCGUUUAUCGAGUUCACCGAAGCGCCAGUUGCAGAGGUUGUCGCAAAGACAAUGGACAAUUACCUACUAUUCGGUCGAAUACUGAAAGUCAAGGUCGUUCCCAAGUCGCAGGUCCACGAGGACCUUUGGAAGGGUUCGAACAAGCGCUUCAAGAAAGUGCCUUGGAACAAGAUGGCCGGCAAUAGCCUGAAGAAGCCGUUGUCGGAGACAGCAUGGACCCAGAAGAUCACAAAGGAAGAACAGAAGCGCGCUGGACGGGCGAAGAAAUUGCAAGACAUGGGUUAUGAUUUCGAAGGACCUAAGAUUAAGUCCGUUGAUGAAGUAGAGAGGGAUGCUCCUGCCCUUGAAGGUGACGAAGAUGAGACGCCGAAAACCGUUGAGGCAGCCCCCGAGGUUGUCGCAGUCACGAAGGAGGCGAACGAUGACAAUGAUGAUGCGCCCGUUGUUAAAGAGCCUGCUACGAUAAGCAAACAAGAUGCUGCCAAGUCGAGCAAAAAAGGGAGAAAGUCAAAGGCGAAGAAGGCUGCCUGAUGAGUUUUAGGCUUUCGUCAUAGGUUUAUGAUAAGUUAAUGAUACAUUGAUACUAAGAAAUUCCACGGAACUUGAACUCUUCGAUCGAUACACCUAUGAAUCUAUCUUCUCUUUUAUACACACUUCCUAAAUUACUAGGUAGUGGAUAUAUGAUGUGAUAUCUGCACAUAGCGAACCUAUUGUACCCAUGGACUGAAGUCGGGCAGACAGCGGGAUUAUAAAAGGCAUUGUCAUUCUACUUCGACCGAGCAUAU